CUUUGGGAAACCUGUAGGGACGCAGGACUCUGCUAGGCGGCAGCCAAGCGCAAAGCUUGAGGCUUCAAAAAUAAAAGUAUGAGAGUCGUAGGUUUGUCCUCGAGUAGCCGGGCAGCUCCAGCUCCAGCUAGCUAGAUCAUGGAAGAGGAAGAUGUGUCUGAUAAUUGGGAGGAUGCUGCAGAUAGCGGAGAGAUUGAGAGAAGAUUGGAGGCGAAACUGAAAAUCAAUGAGAAAUCUAAUAGCAAAAGCUUGCCCGUUAAGACCGCCGUGGUCAUUCAGGACGAUUCCCUGCCUGCGGCCCCCCCUCCGCAGAUCCGUAUCCUUAAGCGGCCGCCCAACAACGGAUCCCUGGGAGCGCAGGGUGCAUCUGCCCGCCCGGCGCAUCAAGUGAAGUCCCUGGCUCAGAGGGAGGCAGAGUACGCCGAAGCCAGGAGGAGGAUUCUGGGCAGCGCCAGCGCCGAAGAGCCAUCUCAGGAAAGGCAGGAAGCAGACAGACCAGUCCUUGCCAGUGGUCCGUCCACAUCAGAAUCUCUGCGGCCAAACAAUCACAUCAUCCGCCAGCCACUAGGGCCAGACGGUACCGCAGGUUUCCGACUCAGCCGAUAGAGAUGGGAAGAGCAUAAGGGGGGAGGUGGUGGUGCUAACCCAUGUGGAGUGAGUUUGAGUCUCAGUGUGUGUGUGCUGUGAGCAAGGGGAGAGGCAGUGGAGGGGCUGCACACUCAGAGCAGGUAGGCGGGCCGAGCGGCUCGGACGACUGUGUGUCGACCUGCUUUGGUACACAUCCCACAGCCCAACAAGCCCUUCCUCCUGCAGGCUGUGCCAGCGGAGCUCACAGGAGAAAGUCGAGUGAGGAGGGGUUGGGAGGCUGGCUGGGCCAUGUUUAGAUAAGGCUCCUUCUCUCUCGCUCUUGCUGUCUGUCUGUCUGUGUGUCUGUCUGUCUCUCUCUCUCUCUCUCUCUCUCUCUCUCUCUCUCUCUCUCUCUCACCCUCACUCUAGGACUCUACACUGUGAGGCUCUUGCUAACCACCCCCUAUCCCUCCUAUGAGUAAUAGAUGCUGCAGUUUGGGGAUUUCUGCUAAAACCCAAGUCAUGAAUCACUGCAGCUCAGAGGCCAGCGAUAAGGGUACUGCAAUAAUAGAUAUAUUAGAGAAUUAUGACAGGCUUAUAAGACAGCACCCAGAUAGAUUGUGCGAUGAGUAUGUUUACCCUGGUUC